GUCUUAAUUGUAUUACGAUACAGCUGCGAACGCAAUUGGAGCAUACUUGCUGACCUCACAGCUGAAAAAACUCUUUAAAAGAUCUGGAAACCAGAUGUUCCAGUCAAAUUUCAGCAGCUGCUUGAAGAGUUUACCCUGAGUAGCUCCCAAAAGACUGUUAUCCAUUUUCUACAACUGAAGAUAUGAUCGCCUUAAUUUAUUUCUUUGUUUUGCUGUGGGAUGAGGCGCAGAGCUGGGGAUUCAAGGAUGGAAUCUUUCAUAACUCCAUUUGGCUUGAACAAGCAGCAGGUGUCUAUCACAGAGAAGCUCGUGCUGGCAAAUAUCAGCUUACCUAUGCAGAAGCAAAGGCUGUAUGUGAAUAUGAAGGAGGACACCUUGCCACUUAUAAACAACUGGAGGCAGCCAGAAAAAUAGGAUUCCAUGUGUGUGCUGCAGGAUGGAUGGCUAAGGGUAGAGUUGGUUAUCCCAUUGUGAAGCCAGGGCCCAACUGUGGAUAUGGAAAAACUGGCAUUAUUGAUUAUGGAGUCCGUCUCAACAGAAGUGAAAGAUGGGAUGCUUAUUGCUACAACCCUCAUGCAAAGGAGUGUGGAGGGGUCUUCACAGACCCAAAACGAAUUAUUAAAUCUCCAGGAUACCCAAAGGAAUAUGAAGAUAACCAAAUCUGCUACUGGCAUAUUCGAUUAAAGUAUGGUCAACGUAUUCAUCUAAGUUUUCUGAACUUCAAUCUUGAAGAUGACAUAGCUUGCCUCGCUGACUACUUAGAAAUAUAUGACAGCUAUGAUGAUAUUCAUGGCUUUGUAGGAAGAUACUGUGGAGAUGAGCUACCAGAAGACAUCAUUAGUACAGGAAAUGUCAUGACCUUAAAGUUUUUAUCUGAUGCUUCAGUGACAGCAGGAGGUUUUCAACUCAAGUAUGUCACAGUGGAUACCACGCCCAAAACCGGUGAAGGAAAAAAUGCUAGCACAAAUUCUCAUGGAAAUAAAAACUUUUUAGCUGGAAGAUUCAGCCAUUUGUAAACCAGCACAGCAUCAUCAAAAUAGGAUACUGGUGUUUGCAUUUUUUACAACUUUCUUUGUAUCUUACUUUUAAAAAGAAGUCAUUGCUGACAUCCAGAGGGACUGGAACCAAAUGUCUUGUUGACACUAACCUAUGUACCACUUUGGUGAACUGCAAACUUAGCAGCUGAAGAUUAAACUAAAAAAAUAAAAGUGAGAAGAAACACUAAAGAGAAGAUAACUUUAUCUUUCUGAACCUAAUAAAAUCAAGGCAUUUCCUGAGUGAGCAUUACUUAACACCCAUUAACUUUUCUUUAUUUUUCUUCACCCUCUUCCACAUAUAAUGUGAGCUUUUAUGAUUAGCAUUACAUGUUACUUAGACCCAACAUUUUAUAAUUUUCUCAUUCACUAUGUAUCCACCCCCUGGGAUUCUGAUUUAUAGCUUUCUCUCUUUUUUUUAUCCUUCAAUUUCAACAAUGUGAUUUUACAGCCUCAAAGUUUAAAUACUUAGGAUUCUUUAGAAAUAUUAACUAAUGUUAAAGAAGUAUAAUUAUUAAAUAAAAUAAUGUAUGUGAAUUUUAUUCACAUAUAUACAUAAAUAAUGAAUAUACUUUGAAAAAUAAAAGAACUAUACAAAGGUGAAGUAUCGUCAUUAGUAAAUGUACACCAACCAUGAUUUUCAAAUUAGCUACAUUCAGGUAUAUGAAAACAUUAACAUAUUAUUAAGUAUAUUUCUAUAAACUUUGCACAUACUGUGGAUAUGUAGGUAACUUUGAGGUUUGAUUUAGAUUUCUUUUACUGAUAUCCUUAAGGCAAUAAUUGUCACUUUCUGCCUUUUCUAUUCCUUCCCAUUUAACCAGUAAAACUGAUCUAAGUUUCUAUCACUAUAAAUAUGGGACAUGAAGGAAGAGACUAGAGGAAGGAGGGCAGAAAUCUUCUAGAAGUGUUUGUAGACCUCAAGGUCUACAAUAAGAUAACAAGGUUAGUUUUAGAUUUUUGGUCAUCGAUGAUCAUUAUUAUUUUUUUAAUUUUUUAAGAUACUGAAAAAUUAUAACAAUAUUUAAGCACAUUUAUAACACUUUUUCUAGUAUCCUACUACUGUCAUUACUCAUUUAAAGCCCAUGUGCUUGGCACUGUAUGUAAGUACUGAAAUCAUUUAAUUAUGAGAUGCUUUCUCUCUUCACUUCCUGGAACUCAUACCUCCUUUUUCAAGAUUCAGUUCAUGUGUCACUUUUUUCAAGAAACCUUUUUUGAUUCCUUUAGUUGUUACUGCCUAACCCCCAACACCUUGUAUUUAUUAUGUAUUUAUCUUGUAUGUAUUUAUCUGUGUACAUGUUUCUCCCCCUAAUAGAAUGUAAUUGCCUGACAGGCUCAGACACUCACUUCUAUUUUGUAUUCUCAGUGCCUGGCACAUAAUAGGUGCUUAAUAAAUAUUUUAGAUGAAUUCCA